AUGAUACAAAAAUUGUGGAUGCUAGGAAUUAGUUGGGAUACAGAGAUCCCACCCAAUCCACAGGCACAAUGGGAAGAAUUUAAAUUGAGAUUACCUGCAGUUCAGAAAAUAACCAUGAAAAGAUGGACACACCAUUCAGAGAAUAGUUUAAUCGAAUUACAUGAAUUUGCAGAUGCGUCAGAAGCAGGAUAUGCUGCAGUUGUAUAUACAAAGGUUAUCAAUGCAGAAAAGGUUACAAUAUCCCUAGUAGCACCAAAAACCAAAGUUGCACCUAUUAAGCAGGUAUCAUUAGCCCGAUUGGAGUUAUGUGCAGCUCUGCUAUUGAUAAAGUUGAUUAAUUACAUUCAGAAGAAUAACAAGAUUACCUAUAGUAAAGUUAUUGCAUGGUCAGAUUCAAAAAUUGUAUUAAAUUGGCUAAGGCAAUACCCAAAUAGAUGGACUACGUUUGUAGCAAACAGAGUAUCGUAUAUUCAGGAUACGUUUAAAGAGCAAUUUAGAUUUGUUCCAGGAAAAGAUAAUCCAGCAGAUAUUCCAUCAAGGGGAGUAUAUGGUGACAAUCUUAUCUCAAAUAUAUUAUGGUGGCAUGGUCCAAACUGGCUAAUAAAAGAUGAAGGAAAUUGGCCAGAAAAUGAUGAAGUAAUAGAUUUGAAUCUUAUUCCGGAAACCAGAAAAUCUGCAAUAUGUACCGUCGUGGACGUUACCAAAGAUGAAAAUAUUAUUAAUCGAUUUUCUUCAUUAAACAAACUUCUUCGAGUGACAGCUUAUUGUCUUAGAUUCGUUUAUAAUUGUCAUAAAAAGAAAUCCGAAAGAAAGAUCGACAAUUUGUCGGUAGACGAUAUCGAUGCAGCAGAAAUUGUGUUGGUGAAGCAGGCACAAAAAUGUUUUUCAGAUGACAUCAGACGGCUUAAUCUUCAGAAACAAUUAUUGAAAAGUAAUAAGCUGUGUUCAUUAAACCCAUUUGUUGACAGUGCAGGAGUACUAAGAGGGGCAGCAGAUUAA